UUUUUUUCUUUUUCUUGUGCAUCAUCAUCCUUGAUGAUAUUUCAAGUUUAAGCAAUUAUAAGACCUAUAAUUUGUAACUACAAAAAGUUCUCAUUAAUUAGUAUAUAACUAGUAUAUGGUUUAUAUAAGCAAAUUACAUAUGCACAUACACACACUUUUAAAAGCAUUACAACAACAUAAUAGAAUGGUUAUUAUCGAAAUAGUAAGAAUUAUAUCUGCGAUGUUAAGCUAUUUAUCAGCUUUACUUGAGGUCUUAAUAAAAAACCCUGAAAAUUGCAGUUAUAUAAAACUCAGUUUUCAUGAUCAAUCGCACUAUUCGCAAGUAUAUACCAAACAGGAAACAUGUCAAUCUACGCGCUUAGUAUAUUCAGCAUUGCGAUAUUUCGGUUAUCAUUGGCUGCAGAAUCUGAGCUUCCUGUAACCACCUGCAAGCGGAAUUUGGUUGAUUAUUCCGCCUGUUUAAAACACGCAUUAGAGGAAGCAUGGCCACAAUUUGUUAAAGGACUUCCAGAAUUUGAUUUUCCAUCUUUGGAUCCAUUAUUUUUCAAAUACGGUAGAAUUCCACUUAAUACUAAUGAAAUACGUGGAGAAAUAAUUGUGUCAAAUGUCACUGGUAUCGGUUUAGCAAACACUCGUUUUUUUGAUAUAAGAACACAUUAUGUUAAUAAGGUUUUCCGCUUGGAAAUUGACACACAAAUACCGAGCAUAUUUCUAAAAGGUUCCUUGAAAAUAAAUGGUACUCUAAAUGCAUUCAGACUUGCUGGCGAAGGUCCAUUCAAUGUAACCGUAGAUGAUAUUAGAGGAACGUGGGGUUUUACAGGAAAUGUAGUAAACGAUACAUGGAUUGUAAAACAUUUUCGUUUCGCCCCGUCACUUAAAAAUCUUAAAAUUUAUGGCGAUAAUUUUUUCGAGAGCAAUAAAGGGCUUAAUAAUCUUAUCCUAAUUUUUGUAAACGAAUAUUGGCCGGCGAUAUAUCGACCGUUGUUACCAGUUAUAUCUGACUUCUUAGAUACAUUGCUGGUUGAAUUUCCUAAUAAGAUCUUCUCGAAAGUUUUCUUUUCAAAAGUGUUUCCAUAAAAUUCUUAUGUUUAAUUGCUCGUCACAUAGGAGUGCUAGGUUCUUCAUAACAUAUUGAAAAAAUAUUUAGUUUUGCAAAAUAUAUGUUAGAAAUAUCUUUGAUUCUAUAGUUUAAUU